AUGAGGGAAAUCGUGCAUAUCCAAGCCGGCCAAUGCGGCAACCAGAUCGGAGCUAAAUUCUGGGAGAUCAUCUCUGACGAGCACGGCAUCGACCCCACCGGCGCCUACCAUGGCGACUCAGACUUGCAGCUCGAACGCAUCAAUGUAUACUACAAUGAAGCCUCCGGUGGCAAAUACGUGCCCCGCGCCAUCCUCGUGGACUUGGAGCCCGGCACCAUGGACUCUAACAAGAACUCAUCGUACUUCGUCGAAUGGAUCCCCAACAACGUCAAGACCGCCGUGUGCGACAUCCCGCCCCGUGGUCUCAAGAUGGCCGCCACCUUCAUCGGCAACUCCACAGCCAUCCAGGAGUUGUUCAAGCGCAUCUCCGAGCAGUUCACCGCUAUGUUCAGGCGCAAGGCUUUCUUGCAUUGGUACACUGGCGAGGGUAUGGACGAGAUGGAGUUCACCGAGGCGGAAAGCAACAUGAACGACUUGGUCUCCGAAUACCAACAGUACCAGGAGGCGACUGCCGACGAGGACGCGGAGUUCGAUGAAGAGCAGGAGCAAGAAGUAGAUGAUCAC